GUGAAACCUCGCGUGAACCGUAUGUCGCUGCCAUGGCAUACGUCCUAUUCCUUUAGUUUGACUUUUCAUGGAUUGCAGACAUAAUAUACCAACAAAUUUGGGAAUAUUUACUCGUUUUAAAGAUGAACUAGUGUAUUUGAGAGUGUUUCUACCCAAAGUUUUGCAAACAAGAGAUGAAACGGCUAAAUGCUCAAACAGCCAAUGGGUGCUCGUUUUGUUACGUUGUCCGACAUUUUUGGUAGGAUGAUGAGGAUGGGCGUCACGAAUAUGUAGGAAAUUAAUGUUGCUUCGUCUUUAUUACACAUUACUUAGGUCGGCUGAAUUAUGGGGUGCAUUUAAAACUCAAGUUUCUUAAAGGUAAGAUUUUCGAAACAAUGCCUCGAUACAAAUAUGCAUCGCCAUAGUUGCUUUACGGGUCGUUUGUCGACACUCUCCUCAGAGGGGGGCCGCUCGUCAGUCAGCUAACAUAAUGGUGGGGGUCCUUGAGGUGGAGAGCGAAUCUGCAGGAACAACAGUCAUACUCUCCAGACUAUCAACACGGUUACAAGCUCGGUGCCGUGUUUCUGUAAUAGCUACGAUCCUCAUUGGGUGCAUCAUGUUUAGCCUAUCAUAUGGUUAUUUUGCCAUAUGCUACAAUUUACCAAACGGAAUACAUACAUUCACCAGCCAUACCAUUAUGAACAGCUGGGCAGUUAAAUACAACCCAAUACAGCAGCUCUACUAAACUUCUUCAUUUUCAUGGUCAGACAGGUGAACAUUUUUAAAGUUGUAGUUGGUGUCGGUGGAGGACUGGACUGCAUUACAUUGAAAGGUGUUCCUAAUAUUUUGAUCUCUUAUGUUUGUUGAUGACAAAUGAUAAAAAAACAGCUUUUAACGUAACUGACAACAGUGUAGCGUUGAUUAUGAAUGUACAGUUAUCACUUGACUGAUCAUACCAACAAAACAAAGCUUUCUUUGGAGCCUAAUGUGGGGCUGUUUUAUUGGAUUAGAUUACAAAGGUGUUAUCAUAUAUUAUAUCAUUUUGUUAUGACUAAUCAGUGUCAUGCACUGUUUUCCUAUGUAUGACUCUGCACCCCUAUUCCUUUAUCUUGUAAGUGUUAUUAAUGGUUAUUAUUGCCAUUGAUGUAAUGUGAAACUAUAGCAUAUUAACCUAGUAAUCUAUUUUAGUCCAGUUCCAGUCCAUUACCAAACCUCUUGGUUAUUGUAGUCCUAUCAAACAACUAUGUGAUGAACACUCGUCACAUGCUUGAGUUUUCACAAGUGGAGAUGUUGUUUUCUUUUCUAUUUAUUAGAUCCAUGGUGGCCAAACAGACACACCAAUGAAGAAAAAGCCUUGCCACCCCCUGCAAACCAAACGCAGCAAGCAGGUCAAUGCCAGCAAUGAGUGUGCAACAGAGCCAGGCACUGUCCUGGCAACAAAUACCCCACCACCAGCCUCUGAAACUCUACCAGAAUCCACUUUACAAAUCAGACACCUGGCUAUGCCAAGACAUAGUCACAACCUCCUUAAGUUCUUGGAGGAGGACCGUACCCGACAGAGGUUUUGUGAUGUGUCUGUGUCUGUGGGUGGGACGCUCUACAGCGCCCACAAGGUGGUGUUGGCCCAUGGGAGCAGCUACUUUCAUGCUGAGCUUUGCAAGAACCCUGCAACAGCCCAUGUGACUCUGGACCAUGUGGAGGACUCUGUUUUCCAACACUUACUUGGUUUAUUGUAUACAUCAGAGUGUGUGGUUGCUGAGAGGGAGCUUCCAGCUCUCAUAGAAGCGGCUCGAUUUCUGGACAUGAUGGACAUACUGAAGCUACUGUGCGAGAAAGGGAACAGCAACUCAGUGCGGGUGAUCCAGGUACAGGAUGAGAUAAGACAAUCUCCUGUGCUGGAAAUGAUCCCUAAUGACUCGCCAGCAUUUGACGUAGACACUCAGAGUCCUCCCAGUCAUCACUUCAGUGCUUCAAACUUGCUGCCUAACAAUUUAGACGAGAGUCACACUGAUGUACUGAAGGAAACCUCAACUGAGGCAGAAAAGAUGGCCGGUCAGAAGAUUGCUACCACACGACGAUCAGCUCGCAGGAGGAGAACGCCUACAAAGUAUCAGAAAGAAAAUGUGAAAGAGACCCCUGAAGAAAAACUAAAAAAUGAAUCAGUAAGAAGGCAAGAUGAAGAAAUAGGUUUUGAAGUAGGAAAAAUGGUUGUGAGAAACAAAAUCCCAAAACUGGGGACGCCUACUCCAAUUUCUGGGGAUGUUCUGGACGAGGAGGAAGGAGAAGAGGAAGGUGACACGAGUGAGGACGUGGUCCCUCUUGGCAAAGGUGUUGGAGUUUUCUCAGCAGAGAAGAUGCAAGGGCAGGGUUCAGAUGUAGCAGAAAACCAGACGGUGCAGGAGGUGGGAGUGUCAACAGCAGGAAGCUCCACUCAGGGUCCGGUAUACCCUGAGGGUCUUGCUCCAGUCAUCAUCCAGACGGCCAGUAAGAAGACUCUGAAGUGCCCUAAAUGUGACAAGACUUUUGACCGUGCAGGUGGGAACUUUUGAGUGGGGUCUUUAUAAUAUAUAGAUUGGCUCUGCGGAGGGGCAGUUAUAUCACAUCAAACAGUUUUUAUAGAUGUUGAACUUCAAUCGUCUCCAUUAUAGAUUUAGAGUUACUGUGUUUUCUUAAAAAAGAGAAUGUCGAAAUUGUAAAAAGAAAAAAUCUCAAACUAAUGACUGCUUUAACUGUACAUUUAUAUGAGUUUCAGUGAACUAUUUCAUAGUCUGGCUGGAAAAGUGUUAGAAAAUCUUAAAGGAAUACACCCAUUACAAUCAAUCACAACCCAGAUAUAUGAAGAUACCAGCACAGCUCUAUUUUAUCCUCAAGGAUAAGCUGUUGCAUGUUCAUUGAUUAUUCAAAGACAGUGACCUAGAUGUGUUCCUGAUACAACUUUGUUACUGAUUUGCAUUUUUCUGCAUAACUAGGAAAGUAUGAGAGUCACACCAGAGUGCACACAGGAGAGAAACCGUUCCAGUGUGACAUCUGUCUCCAGCGUUACUCUACCAAGUCAAACCUGACGGUACACAGAAAGAAACAUGCCAGCGAUGCUCCGUUCCAGAAAAAGGAGCACAAAUGCCCGUUUUGUAGCAAGCUGCAUGCCAGCAAGAAAACUCUCGCCAAGCAUGUCAGGAGGUGAGAUGUCUCUCAGUUUUCUAAAAAGGAAAGGUCUGUGCAAUUUACGAGCCUUGUUUACACACAAACUCAGCGAUGAGACCGAAUGAAAUAACUUAUUCUCAAAGAUUAAAACUAACAGAACUGAACAGUUUAAUCUUCAUAUAUUUACUUUUACUUUUGUUGUUUUGUUUGUUUUUGGCGUCCCUUUUGAACACUUAAAAUUUAAAUAUUACCUACUGUGAGUUUCUUCUUUAGCACUCUUUUUUUUUUUUGUAUUUGUACUUGACAUACUGAUUCAGCACGUUUGAAAGUUUUCCUAAAAAGCUAAUUUUUAUAACCUUAAAGGUCUAAAAUGUUCUCUGUUUUUAAUCAGAGACUCACUUAUCUAUCUUUGUUUAGCAGUUUGGCAUCUCACACUUAUUAAUUAUAUUAAAAGAAUAAACCUUCAGUUAGUGAAAAGUCAUUUAUUUUGUAGCAACAGUUGGAGAUAAACACUUGUUGAUCUCACAUUUCAUUAGUAUAAUUUUUAGUCAUAUCAGCUGUAAUAUGGGAAGUAAAAUAAUACCAACACCAGUAACAAUAGGCUGUAGAAGUAGUGGUUGAGUCUCAUUUUGACUGUAUUGUCCUGCCAGGUUUCAUCCAGACCACAUCCAAGAGUUCCUCACCAAGAGGAAGAGGAAGAGCGAGGGCUGGAAAUGUGCUGUAAGAAUCUGUUUUAGUCCCGAUUUUACUCAUGUCUAUGUUUGUGCCUGAUAACUGAAGAUAAUCUUCAGUGUAGAAAAAGAUAUGAUCAUUUAAAAAAAAAAAAAAAAGGUCGCUAACCUUUUAAUCCUCUGAAACAGAUAUGUCUGAAGACCUUCAGCCGCAGACCUCACCUGCAGGAGCACAUGAUCCUGCACACCCAGGACCGGCCUUUUAAGUGCUCCUUCUGUGAUGAAUAUUUCAAGUCCAGGUUUGCCAGGCUAAAACACCAAGAAAAGUACCACCUGGGUAAGAAAUGUGUAGUAGAAAUGCACCCUUUAAAGACAAUGAUGGAAAAACUAUUACUUCUUCUCAACUGAAGGCUUAAAUAUUUAAGAAUGAAGUAUGUCAGCGCAAGACCUGUGUGGGAUGUUAACACUCGUUUACAAACUUAAACUGGUAGUUGUCAGUGUAUAACAGCAGCUGUUUCUGUAAUAACUGAUGCAUUUCUUUUAAAAUAUUAGGUCCAUUUCCCUGUGAGAUUUGUGGCCGACAGUUUAAUGACACAGGCAACAGGAAGCGGCACAUUGAGUGCACACAUGGAGGCAAAAGAAAGUGGACCUGCUUUGUUUGUGGGAAAUCUGUGAGAGAAAGGUAUGUCUUCAUUUCCUGUCUUUAACAGCAGUAUGUUGUUUUGGCUUGUAACCAUAUGCGGUAUAUUAUGGGUUACUAAAUUUUCAUUUCACCCCCUGAGCUGCAUUUAAUCCUGUGCUGUUUUAUUGGCUGUUUUCCUCUCCAAGGACGACCCUGAAAGAGCACAUGAGGAUCCACAGUGGGGAGAAGCCUCACCUCUGCAGUAUUUGUGGCCAAAGUUUCCGUCAUGGGAGCUCCUACAGGUGAGGAAAGCGCUCGGUGUUGGUGACUGGAACAUCUUCAAUGCAAAGUUUCCUAAAAUGAUUGCACCUUUGGACAGGCUUCACCUCAGAGUCCACCAUGAUGACAAGCGCUAUGAGUGUGACGAAUGUGGGAAAACCUUUAUACGCCAUGAUCACCUGACCAAACAUCAGAAAAUACACUCUGGUAUAGUACAAAACACACAACAAUACUGUUCCCCUGCGACUGUCUUUCUAUCUCUAUGGUCUUUGCUGAAAUUCAAUAAAGCAAAGUAAGAAAAGUCACUUAUUUUUCCCUCUGAAUAUUCCUAACCAGAGCUGUUUCUUUACAGGUGAGAAGGCACACCAGUGUGAAGAAUGUGGCAAAUGCUUCAGACGCCACGAUCAUCUGACAGUUCACUACAAAAGCAUUCAUUUAGGAGAGAAAGUUUGGCAGAAGUAAGUUACCAUAUAUUUAUAAAGGUAUUGAUUUGUCUGUCAUUGAGGAGUUUUAAUUUGCUGCUUCACUGUUCAGCAUGCGCUCUCUUUGUUUUUUUUCUGUUUUUUUUUACAGAUAUAAAACUGCUGUUCAUCAGUGUGAGGUCUGCAAGAAAGAAUUCAAAGGAAAGUCCAGUCUAGAAAUGCACUUCCGGACCCACUCAGGUAAGGAAACUGACUUGCAAUAGCAGCAGCAGUACAAUGCAUUUUUUUCUGAAAGUGCUGUUCUGAAAGCACCCAGCAGGGAGUGCUUGAUAGCAGGGCAGAGAUUCUUUUGCGUCAUGUACUUUUAUUAGUAUGUAGCACUGGUGGUGAUAAAAGUGUAGGUGUUAAGAGUUCUUGCUGUUGCCUUUAAUCAAUGAGAAAGGGAGACCAAAGUACUCCGAGAGAGAAAACAGACCCCUCAGUAUUCAAAGUCCUCAAAGUGUUCAUUUCUCUCCCCUCAUUGGUUGUUGCAGGAGCAUCUUCACAUGGUCUGAUGGUUGAGAUUGUCACACCUCUCUUUUACUAAAGCACUUUUUAUAAUGUGACUGACCAGCAGUGCAUAUUGGUGAAGCCCUGCUAUCAUCACCACUUUGCACUUUAUAUAUUGAUCCAGUAACAACAUAUUACUGCUGAUCUACUGGGAUUUUCACGCAGAACCAUCUCUUACAUUUUCAGAGAAUGGUCUGAAAAAGAGAAAAUAUCCAGUGUGCGAAAGUUGUGUGGACAAAAAUGCUUCUUGAUGUUUUAGGUCAGAGGAGAAUGGACAGACGGGUUCGAGAUGUUAGAAAGGUAACAGUGAGACAGAUAACUAACUACCUUUUACAACCAAAGUAUGCAGAAUACCAUCUGUGAACUCACAACAUGAGCCUCAAAGUAGAUGAGCUACAGCAGCAGACGAUCACUCAAGAACAGGAAACUAGGGUUACAGUUCACACAGGUUUACCAAAUUUGGACAGUAGGAGAUUGGAAAAACUUUGCCUGGUCUGCUGAGUCUGAAAUUCAACUGUAACAUUCAGAUGGUGGGGCUUUAACAACAUGAAAGCAUGGAUCCGUCCUGCCUUGUAUCAGCUGUUCAGGCUGCUGCUGGUUGUGUAAUGGUGUGGGGGAUAUUUUCUCUGCACACUUUCAGCUCUUUAGCAGCAACUGAGCAUCGUUUGGAAACCACAGCCUACCUGGGUAAUGUUGCUGACCAUAUCCUUCCCUUUAUGAGGGGAGGAAAAAAACACGGACAUAGCAGGGCUCGACAGUGCAACCAUUUCACUCACAUUUGUGACGAAAAAUAGAUGUGUGCGAAUUGUAAAAUGUAUCUAGGGGCACAUGUGAGCAUAAAAAGAAUCAGCCGAGGCAACAAAUAUGUUUUCAUGUAAAUACUGCAGUGAAGUUAGUUUUAAGUUGGAUUUCCGACAGACAUUCACUGCAGAUCUACCGGUGUCUUCUCACCCACCCUAACUGGGAAUAUCAACAGCAGCAUGGUUAAAUCUACUCGGCAUUAUCACUGUGGGUGUUGAAUAAGGGACCAUCAAUAAAUUACCGGUUGAUUGUCUCAAAAAAGGCUGUUUUCCUUUUAUAACUUUCAUAUCAUGUGACCAAAAGACCUAAAAUUGAUUUCAAAUAAUAGUACUUAUGUCGACUAAUAAGACACAUAGUACUUAAUCAAUUUUUAUUGUGCUCCUAAAUUUCUUUGUGUGCUCCUUACUUUUUCAACUUAGACACACAUUCGCUCCUUGUGAAAAAAGUUAGUGUCAAGCCCUGCAUAGUUUGUUAAGAGGCAAACAACGUUGAGUUUUGAAAAUUGUUGGUUCAGUUUCUGCUGCUGCACUUGUCAAGCUUGUUAUACUUUUCAGGGUUCAGAAAACAGUUCAGAGAGUAGCACAACAGAGGAUGUUAUUCUCCCUCAGACACUAAUCAUCUCUUGUGUUCAUGUGUCAGGAGAGAAACCCCACAGGUGUCCCGAGUGCAACCAGACCUUUCGUAUCAAGAAGACGUUGACGAAGCACAUGGUGAUUCACUCAGAUGCUCGGCCGUUUAACUGUCCGCACUGCAGCGCCACCUUCAAAAGAAAAGACAAACUCAAGUACCAUGUGGACCACGUGCACAGCACCCGGUUCACUGAACAGCAAAUCAGCACAAUGGAGGAGAUCAAAAUAGUCCCUGUCCCCUUUGAGGAGUCAUCUAAGUCAUACAGCGCUGAACCAAAGUCAUCACUGAGCUCCCCUCCUCCUGCCAAUGUGUGCGUGCCGGUCACUUUAGUUCCUGUCCAGAUGGCAGGAGGAUCACAGGGCACCCUGAAUACUCACAGAGCCUCAUCUCUUUCCACCCAGACUCAUAGCGCUGUGAGCAUGCAGGCUCAAGGACAGCAGCAGAACUCUGGAUACCAGGCGUCCUCAGACCUGGCCUUCUUAGAGAAGUACACCCUCACCCCGCAGCCAGCUAACAUUGUGCACCCUGUGAGACCCGAUCAGAUGUUGGACCCCAGAGAGCAGUCCUAUCUGGGCACACUGCUAGGACUUGAUUCAGCUUCAUCUGUGCAGAAUAUCUCCAAUGCUGAACACUCACACUGAUGCUCCACAGCCAGAAAACAGGGUCACAGACCAGGGUCAUAUAAGGUCACAGAGAAAAGCAAGAGCUGCAGUAUCUGUUCUUUCUGUUUAGAGGUGAAAUAAAAAAAACACAAAACUGCACUUAGUUAAUUUUAACCUCAUUAGAAAUCUGACUAAGUUAAAGGGAACUUUUUUCUCUAUUGCAACCAAAUAAAUGUGCUUGAGUGUAAUGUAAAAUUAAGAAAACUGUAGGUUUUUUCCCUGUGUAAAUACUUAAGAACAAACCUGUAAAAUAUCUUUUCAGUAUAAAAUGAAUUUCAGGUAAUUUUUAAAAAUAGGUGUGGAGGCAACGUACAAACUCAAAUGAAAGGGGCAAGCACGUUUACAAAAUGGCACGAACCCAGGCUGCUUUUAUUCCCGUACCAUAUAUACUUUAUCUGUUUGAUGAUGUUCUUUGUGUUUUAACCCCAUCCUGUCGCCGGGUUUCGCUGAUGAUUAGAGGUUUCAAUGCCUCAAGCCUAGUUUUUGCAUCCUGUUAUAUAUUUUUAGAAGCAUUUACAGUUUUCAAGGGAUCAGCUGACUUAAAGAAAAUUUAUCAAUGGCAAUUUUGAUUCCUUAAUUAGUGAAUUUAUGUAACUUGGCAUCUCAGUUUUUGGUUUGAGUAAAUUACAAUAAACUGGAUAAAACAAUAACAUGGUUUUAUAAAAUAAACAUAUAUUGAUAAAUGUUAAUAAGAUUGUGAGAAAUAAAGACUUGCUACAGUACAGUCUUUGCAAAAGCUGGCUGAGAAGUUGCCAAGUUGUAAAAAACCAAAAAGGUUUCUUUUUUUCAUUGAAACAAACUCAAGCACAAUUAAGUGAUAGAAGUUAUGGUACUUAUUUAUGGAUUCAUGAACUUUAUCAUUAAAGCAUAAUAUGUGUCCUCAGAUUUUUUUAUCAUAACAAUCUGUUUUAAGAAAGACAAGACUUUAAACAAAACUGUAAACUGGAACGGUUCAGACAACACAUUUAAAGACACCUGUUACAUUUUAAGGUUGUUUUGCUGAUGGAUUUUUACUGUUUGGCAAUAGCACAACAUUAAGUGUUUAGUUCUGCUCAUUCUGAGACAGUUUUAAAAAAAAAAUCUUGUAUCAACUAUCAAUAAAACCAGCUUUAAGAAACACAGACGUUUUUAAUUUUUUUGGCAUUGUGACCCCACAAAGUUUUAAGAAACUUGACAAAAGUUUUAAAUUAGAUCUGAGAUGAAGACUUUAUUCAGGCAUGUAUAUCAAAUCUCAUCAUAUUAAUAUGUUAUUCUUGUCUACUUCAAUACUGAUCCUCCAUCAUCUAUGUAUUUGCAGAUUGACAUGAACAGCCAUCAUCAACGCCUUUAUUCGUAAUUUGCUUAUUUCUCCAAAGUGGCAUUAUGGUCAGUGAAGAGCAGAUCCAGAGGCAGCAGAGUCUUCCCAUGUGUGAUUCAGCCUUAGCAUGUAUUCUGGAUACAAGACACAAGGUUUAGAAAUAACAAUCAAUGACUGAAUGUGUAAUCAAAAUUUAUGGAGAGUAAAUGCAGAACAUCAAAUGUAAGUUAACCAAGCAGAUGUAAAACGUCAUUCAGAACAUUUACAUGCAGCAUAAAUCCAAUCUGUUUCAACCAAAUGAUGCAGGAGUAACACUCACCAGUGUUAGCUCUACCCUGUUACAACCUGAAAACAGACACAGCAGUGAGCAUGGACAAUUGUGCACAGCAUAUAACACUGUACAUAUGUAACCUGUCUAUGUUACUUAGUUGUCUGCACCUUAUGCUUUCUCUGCCCUGACGGGAGUGGAACUUUGUAUAAGCCUAUCAGCUUUGUUCCCUCCUUGCACUGUUUUUAAUCUGUGCUAAAUAAACAAAUACAAAUACAAAAGCAUUUUGUCUAAUCGUCUGACCACUCCAAGUGCUUUUUAUGACAUGCUUUUAUAUUACAUGUCAGGUUCACUCAUUCACAUAACAUUCAUACAGUGUUGACAGAGGCUGCUAUGCAGUUUAUACAGUCUAUGGUCAACACUUUAUACAGUCAUGACUGAGACAUGAACAUAGGAUCCUUGAAUAGUAAAGCCAAAGACGCUGCAUUGUUCUUAACUGUUAAUGAUGAUUCCUGAAAAAAAAAUUGAUACCUUGAGGAGUUUUGUCAAUAUUGUGAGGUUAUCGUACACCCCAGACUUCCAGACAGGAAAUAGUUCAGAUAACGACCUUUGUGGUCAAAUAUGUCACCUUUUGAAUGGAUUGAACAAAUGAGACUCCUGGACAUGCUUGUUUUGAGCAGUCAAGGUGUUGGUAUGUUGAUUUUGGUAACUUUAGACUGAGUCAGACUAAGACUGAGCCUGUGUGUCUGUGCUAAGAUGAAUUAACCUGCUGCUGCUUGGAGAUUUAUCUAUGAUGAACAGACACAAGCGGAGAAUCAAUCUGCUCGUCUCUGAGAGCAAAUGAGCAAAGUUCAUAAAAUAGAUAUAUCUAAGGAGUGGUUAGUGGUUACAUGUUUGAGAGCUGAUGCUGAGAGAAUCUUUAAAUGGGUGUGCUAAAGGAUCAUACUAAAGUUGAUGAUUUUGUCGUCUUCAUUAUCUUGUUCUGAUAUAUAAAACAUGUCGUUGAGAUUGGAAGACGGUCAGCACUCAUAUCAUUUAUUUUAUCUAAUGACAGUUAAGAAAAUACACUUGGAAAGUCUGUGUCCUUUAAUUUUUUUUUUUUAAUGCUUAUGAGUAUUAAAAAGCCCUCAAAGAUAUACUUACAUUUCUGAAGUGUAUAUCGUCCAUUUAAGCAUUUGGCCACAGAGUAAUGGUCAGUCCACCAGCGUUUCAGUUUUACACAUUUAAACUCUUCAGUCUCACCAUGUUGUAAAAGUUUAUUUCCCACUGGGACCAACCAUGAAUGUUGAUCAGUGUUUAUGUUACAGAAGACAGCUGUACAAAAGAAAAGAAGUUAUCAUUUUAUAUUUUCUCUCUUCAUACAGUGCUGUACCAGAUCUGUCUUAUAAAUACCUCUGCAGAUGGGUGUUCGUGUCCAUGAGCCAUCUCUGUUACACAGCACCGUCUCUGGACCCUCCAGUUUGUAAAAAUAAUUGCAUAUGUACUUCAAAAACCAAGUAGUAGUCAUCACAACGUCACCCUCAGGAACAGUGGGAUAAGUCCCACAGUGACUGACUGAGAAAUACAGGUAAACACAUAGUUAAGGAAUGAACUCCAUAAAUCACAAACUGAGACAUCAUGGUAUUACAGCACCAGGCAAUGCGAGCAGCAGCAGCAACAACAACAGCAACAGCAACAGCAGCAACAACAACAACAACAACAACAACAACAACAACAACAACAACAACAACAACAACAACAACAACAACAACAAAAAACGGCUCUGGAAAAAUGAAGAUACUGUGAACUAUGAUAUUCAAAAUAAAAUAUAUACACAAUGAUGAUUGAAUGAUAAACGAAAAGAUAAUGUGCAUAGAAUAUUAUUCCAAACUGUAUCUGAAAUAUAAACAAAUUGAGCAAGCGGGCUGAGGCGCAGAUGCACUGAUUAAGUGUUUUGUUUUUUUUUUUCAUUGAAGAAAGAUGAACUGUGCAAUUUCUAGCAAGAGCAAGGAGUUAAAUUUCAUCGUAGUAGGUUAUUCUGUAGCUAUUCAAACAUCAAAACCAAUACUUGAAGUUUAAAUUUGACUCUACACCCCCAAAAUCAGCCAAAAUGGUUCAUAAGAUUUUCUGAUCAACAUCCUGAUCAAAACUUACUCUCCACAUGCGGGGGUGCCCUCCCAGAAGACGUAGUGUGUCCUCCUCCUGCCGAGCCAUGUCCUGUACCCGCUCAAUAAUAAAGAAAAGACUUUAGAUAUGCAGAAUGUAAAUAUCAAUGUACAGAUAACCUCAGUACAUUACAGUACAUUUUACAUUUCAUGCCACAUUCAACCAUUCAAACCAUGUUCACAGACUGAUGGCAGAGGCUGCUCUGUGGAGCACCCAUCAGUGUUAUCUAAUCCCAAUCACUGUGGCAGCCAGGGUGGGUAGUUUGAGGUUAGGAGUCUGGUUCAAGGACACAAACCCCUGACUUUCAGUUUGAACUACGGCUGACUAACUCAUCUAGCUACCCCCGUGGAUGCAUGUGCCGUACCUGCAGCGAUGAUACUGGUGUACGUGUGAAAACACAACAGUUACCUACCUCCUCCUGCAGGCGGAGUCUCUCUGUCUGUCGAGGGUCUGUCACCUUCUCCUCCCCCUGUGGAUCCACCAUGUCCAUCUCCUGUCGUUGGUCUCAUCCUACUGCCUGAGGAAAAAAGGAUUCACAGAUACACUUGAGCAUAUUUUACUGUUUUUUUUUCUUUUUUUUUUCAUGAUUCUUAAUUGGUGAAUUUUUGAGGAUUCAUAUUUAUUGCUCUAUAUUUCAGCCUUGUUGAAAGAAUGUGGUUUUGAUUUCAGCAUUAAUAUAAAAAAGUGUGUUUUCUAUUAUAUUCUGUCUGUAUCCAUGCAUUAGCAAGGUCACAGUCUCGCCCUGUUCAAAUUGGAAAGUGUCCUUUAAGAGCUUAUGAACUGACUUUGUAUGAAUGAAACUUGAUUUUCUGGUCCCAGCUUCCCUGAGGUUCAUGGUAAGAAAUGUUAGUGAUUUAAAGCUCCUUUGAGGAACUUCUGUGUGUGUUGUGUUGAUUUUGGCAGCCCUGAUUUUCCUCAAAAACAUACAUUUUGUUUUAUUUUGAAUGUCUAGCAUGCACCUCACAUUGAAAAUAAUAAAAAAAUAUAUAUUUAUAUUUUUUAAAUGUGCCCUCAUCACUUGACACCUACCUACCUAUGUAAUUGUAAUAACUGUAACUGUAAUAACUCUGUUCUUUAUUGCCAUCAUUACUGUGGGAGAAUUAACAUAUUGUCUACUUACUGCAUACAGGGCGUUCACUCCAGUUUCCUGACAUGCAGAAGACUGUUUUUGUGCUGUCGUCUUCCAUGGUAUAUCCAUUCUCACAUUCAUACUGCACCAUUGAAUCUACAGCAAACACCUCGUGGUAUUUCUGACCAACAAUGACUGCAUGAGGGACUUGUGGAGGUUCACUGCAUGAGUGAUCACUUUCUGUGCACACAAAAAAUAAAACAGAUCAUGAGUAAGGACAGGAAAUGGUCUGAUGGAUGGCUUCAUUGUUGCUUUAUACUCUGGUAAGUGGACACUGAUAUUUCUUCCAUCUUGAGGUAGACUUACUUCGACAGACGGGCAUAGAGGACCAGGUUCCAUUUACACAGACGGCCGUGGCAUCCCUGUUUAUCAGUUUAUACCCCUUAUCACAUGAUACCCUGAUUUUUUCCCCCUCCUCAUACCAGCCGUCUGGGCUGGUUGUAUAUACUGCAUUAGGGAUUGUUGGUGGAAGACAGGCUGUUUCAUCUGUUUGGAGAAAUACGUUUUUAUGUUUUACAAAUAACACUAAUAAUGGUGACACUAACAUUAAUCUUCUUAAAAAAACUCCCAGAAGACCAGACAAGUCAAAGAUAAUCUUCAUACACAAUCACUGAGCAGGGUACACAACGUUUCACAUCAAACUUUAAACUAAGAGAUCCAAAAAUCUACUUAUGAACACUUACUGAUACACUGUGGUUCAGGGAUCCAUUUCCCGUCCUGGCAUGUGCUUGUAGCCCACCAACCCUCCACUACUGGUUUGUGUCCAUACUCACAGGCAUAGGUUAUUUUUUCUUGAUUUGAAUAAGUGUUUUGUUCAGGGACAAGAAAACCACCAUUCAAGAUUGGAGCUUGACAAGACUGAGCCGCACAUGAAUCUAGAAUACAAGAGCAACCGAAAGUACAGAUUAAAUGAGUUUCAACAAAAUAAAGUGCGUCUAAGUGAUAGGAUGCAGAGCUCUUACCUUUCAGUACUCCCAGGAAACAAACCAGGAGCAGAUAUCUCACACACAUUUUGUCAGGAAUUAAAACAACAUGAACAAAGCAGAGCUGAAACCCUGUUCGCUAAAAGGACCUGUUAAUAAUUACUGUGGGCAUUACCCCAAACAUGUUAAGAAAUAGUAAACAUUACACUGAUUUACCGACAGGCUGCUGACAUGCUCGGAAGUUGGCUAAAAUG